CAAGGAAUUAAACAUGAAGCUUACAUGUAAGCUUAACUCGAUAAGACGAACAGGUUGGACUCUCGGACGGAGCAAACUUAGCGAAGGAUUGCGGUUUCACAAACAUUAUGUAAGCUAAGCUUAUGUAUGGAAAUAUUUUGACUGCUCAUGGUAACAUUUGUCUUCAAGGAUAUAGCGAAUCAUUUACGACAACAAACAAUACUAACGGCGUAAACAUAACGACAUUUUCAAGUCAUACAUGCAUAGACAAUGAGCAUAACACUUUGUAACCAGAACAGCGCACAGACAAAGAACAAGCCGCAGAGGGCUAAGGCUAAAGACAUAACUAAGCUCUAAAUGUAAAAAGUUAACCGCUUAAACUGAAGCAAUACCGAGUGUAAAUCUUCUCUUUUAAUUACUUUCAAUUACUGCUUUCCCUUUUCUGAAAAUGGCGCUAAAUCGAUUUCGAUUGCUGCCUUGGUACAUGUUGUUUAUCAUUGUGUGACAAGUCAAGAGCUUGGCUGCUGCAGGCAAUUGUGACUUACAUGUACAUGUAUUAAAGUAGUGAAAAAACACACAAGUUACAUACUAAUAAAUAAUAACUAAGAGAUUGCAAAGUGAAAAUGAAGAAGCAAUUUUUUAAACAUUUUAGCUUGGCCACCUCACACAAGCAAAAUUGAAACCGAUAAUUUUAUACCACAGCUUGUCGGUGGACAGGCGGUGAUCGGCGUUCACUUGCAGCUCCUCUGCUGUUUAUACGCACAGUACGGCCACUCAGCAAAACAUGUACUGUAACUGAGAGCUUCGAUAAGAGGAAAUGCUAAAGAAAAGUGAACUUACCGCAAAUUAAGACGACCUUUAGCCAGGUGAGGAAGGAGGAUCUAUACACAACAAGCAAGAAUGAAACUGACACAAGGAAAUGCGUUGCCUCGCUUUCGAAAUCUACUCCGUUAAAUCCCGGGGUUCAAUCAAUAAAGGCAACUGCGAAAUCUAAAUGAAUCAGUUUGAUCGCAGCUACUAAGAAAACCCCAAACAAAAGCAACAAAACUACGGCGUCCCUUCGGUCGUCCCGCCUCCGGCCAGCUCCUCCUACCGUACGCACGAUGACCUCAAGCAGGUUCAGCACACGUGUUUAUGCUGAGCACGCCAGGGUAUGGGUGGAGCUCGAAAUAACUUCGGAAAGCUUCGGAAUCUGGCGAUGAAAAAACGAAGAUCGGUCGAUCAGGUAUUGACAUAUAAGUUUUCGUUCCCAGGAUUGUUGGUUUGCCAGCUGCACGCGAUUUUUGCUAAACCUGGUUGACUUACAGCUGUCUUGGCGAAAUCUGGAAAGGGAGAUUUCUCGAAUCCUGCGAUCCGAGUUUCCCUUCAGAGGUAACACUGGUUUUUACUUGUGAUCCAUGCAGCAAUGGCUGCAGACAAAAACGAUUUGCUAGUAAUAGGGAUCAGUGUUCACAAGCCAAAUGAGGACGACAAUCUUGAGAUGCAGCAAGCUGUAGACACAGCUCCAGAUGUCUCUGCACAGCUUUCUGUAGCACUUGGAGAGAAGUUUGAGGUGCUAGGGAGGGAUGUGAACUGGUGGCUGUAUGUGAAAUGCAUCAGCAGUGGAGAAAAGGGAUACAUCCCUAGCACAUGCGUGGUGCCGCUGAAAGAUAAUUUAACCAAUGAAGAAGAAGAUGAGAUAGAUAAGGGUACAGAGUUGACGGCAGCCCUGGUAAAUACGUCAGUUGAUUUAAAGUUCUUCCCUGAUGCACCAUUAGAAGCAGAAAACAGAGUGAGUUUUUCAAGACCAUUUUUACAUGUAUUUCUUGUAUAGAUAUUUGUAAUUAAUGGUCGUUUAAUUUAAAGUGGAGAUCCUGCAUGCCAAAGGC